CGCAAGUGAAACCGGAAGUUGUUUGUCAAGUAGAGCAGGUGGCAACAGCAUGGCCCCCGGAGGAAAGAUCAACCGACCGAAAACGGAUUUGCAAAAAAAUGUCUUGAAACGCCGUCGUUUGAUUACUCGAGAGAAACAGAGGAAACAUAAAAUCGUUGGAGCUGUGGUAGACAAACAGUUAAUAACAAUUCAUCACUUAAAGAAGAGAUCUUCCAGCGCUAGAGCUAAUAUAACACUUUCUGGGAAAAAGAAGAGGAAACUGAUUAAGCAAUUGCAACAUCUCAAGAAAGAGAAAGCGGCCAUGGAUGUGGAACCGACAUCAAAACCUCAAAAACGUAUCGGUAGCAUGGAAGUUGAGCGUAGUACCACAAAAAGAAAAUCCAAGAAGCCUCUGCGAGAUGUUGAAAUGGAGGAAGUUGCUCCAGAAACCAGUAAAGAGGGUGGAACUCUUGUAUAAGGAUUCUUUUGAUGAACCUAAUUCUGGAUAUCUGACUCUGGGCAAUUCUUGUGGCAUUCUUCUGUAAUACAACAGGACACAAGGGAUCACUCACAUAAAUCUGACAGACACAAGUCACCUGUCAUGAUCUGAAAUCAAUUCCUUUUUAUUUAUUUUUUGAAAGAAAAUUGUAUUGACCAUCAGCACUUUGUUUGCUUUAUUUAAAGGGAACCUGUCACCAGUUUUAUGGUGUCCUAACUAAGGGCAACAUAAAUAAGUGACUGAUUCACUUUCUUUUAAUAGACCCAGU